AUGGCGGCGACAAACGAAGAACUCCAAGCAGCGAUAUUUCAGCUUCUCCAGCGGUUGGCCGUUCCACAAGCAACGAACCCAGAGCAAGUUUUGGAAUCCCUGUCGACGAACAUCAGCGAGUUCUGCUUCGAUCCGGAGAACGGCACCACAUUCGAAAAAUGGUUUGCCCGUUACUCGGAUUUGUUUGAAAGCGACGCACGAAGUCUGGACGACGCAGCAAAAUCGCUACGUCAACUACAUCCUUCCGAAACUACCAAAGGACGUCACGUUUGCCGAUACUGUCAAGACACUCACAAAGAUCUUCGGCAGCAGACCUCCGUAUUCCACAACCGCUACCAGUGCAUGCAGCUACUCAAGUCCGAGGCCGACGACAUAAUCACCUAUGGCGGAAAAGCCAACAGGACAUGUGAAGAGUUCGAGUUCCAAAAUUUGAAGAUUGGUUACUUCAAGUGCUUGAUUUUCGUCUGUGGUCUCAAAGCACCACGCUACGCGUACAUUCGAGCAAGGCUUCUAUCCCGGAUUGAAGGUGAAACGGCUGAUGCUCCGGUGACAAUUCAAACUCUGAUCAACGAGUUCCAGCGGCUCGUCAACAUCAAGUCGGACACUACGAUGAUCGAACAUCCAUCAAGUUCGAAGAAUUCGGUCCAUAGCAUUUCGGAGAAGAAACCCGGAAACCAGCAUCGUCCACUGAAAACGGAAAGCAAGUCCACUCCUCGUACUCCAUGCUGGCAGUGUGGUCAGAUGCACUACGUCCGUGACUGUCCAUUUUCUGAUCAUCUCUGCAAGGUAUGUAACCGCAUCGGUCAUAAAGAAGGCUACUGUAGCUGCAUCAAGAAGUCUUCAAGCGACUCUUCAACUCAACCUCGAGAGAAGAAGCAGUUCCAGAAGAAGGUCGGUCCCAGAUCUCAAGCCAAGGGAAUUUUCGUGAAGCACAUCGCAAACAGCAACCGGAAACGCAAGUAUGUGACCAUCAUCAUCAACGGCGUCAUGACUUCGCUACAACUGGAUUCUGCAAGUGAUAUCACGGUGAUUUCCAAGAAAACUUGUCAGCAACUGAGACGACCAAAGCUAACUCCAUCAUCGAUCGAAGCCUCCAACGCAUCUGGUGGACCACUCGCUCUCAUCGGAGAAUUCCAUUGUGAAGCAGUCCUCAAUGACAUGGUCAAGCGUGGUCAGUGUUUCGUAACGUCAUCACCAGAUCUCAACGUAAUGGGUAUUGAUUGGAUCGACAUGUUCAACCUGUGGUCGGUUCCGUUCGAUACUCUCUGCAAUCAAGUUUCUGCUGUAUCCAGACCAUGUUUCGCCGAAGCUAGAGCACAGCUGCAAGCCGAGCAUCCGGCGGUUUUCGACGACUCGCUGGGCCACUGCAAGAAAACCAAGGUAAAGUUAUUCCUCAAACCUAACGCCAAACCAGUUUUCUGUUCGAAGCGACCAGUUCCGUUCAACACGAUUCCGCUGGUGGAUGCAGAAAUAACACGUCUUCAGUCUCUGGGAAUCAUCACGACGAUCGAUUUCUCAGAGUGGGCCGCUCCGAUUGUAGCAGUACGCAAGCCGAAUGGUAAAGUUCGCAUCUGUGCGGACUACUCCACGGGACUCAAUGAAGCGCUUGAAGCAAACCACUAUCCUCUACCUACCCCGGAGGAGAUCUUCGCACAGCUCAACGAAAGCACCAUAUUCAGCAUCAUCGACCUUUCCGAUGCAUACCUGCAAGUCGAAGUAGAUGAAGAAUCGAAGAAACUCCUCACCAUAAACACGCAUCGAGGCCUCUUCCAAUUCAACCGGCUCGCUCCAGGGGUGAAGUCAGCGCCUGGAACAUUCCGAAGACUGGUUGACAGCAUGAUAGCCGACAUUCCUGGUGUUCGGUCGUUUCUCGACGACGCUAUCAUCUUCGGAAGAACCUGGGAGGAACACAAGGCGUCACUAGACAAGCUACUACAACGUCUAGGGGAAAAUGGGUUCCAUGUCAAGUUGGAAAAGUGCCAUUUCUUCCAAACCGAAAUGAGAUAUUUGCGACAUAUCGUCGAUCGAAACGGCAUCCGUCCGGAUCCAGAGAAGCUUCAAGCCAUCGCCUCUAUUCCGGCACUCACCAAUGUUUCCGAAGUGCGAUCGUUCCUGGGAGCCGUUAAUUUCUACGGUAGAUUCGUGCGCAACAUCCAUGAGCUUCGUCAUCCUCUCGACCAAUUACUCAAGAAGGAUUCGAAGUGGCAGUGGAAUUCCGAUUGCCAACUGUCUUUUGAGCAAUUCAAGUAA